AUAGAGUAGGCAGUGCGGAUUCGAUAGUGAGGUGAAAAAGACGUUAGUGCAGACGACGCGACGCUGUGUUAUUAUUCGUUUCUUCGUUUGAGCUGAGUUAAGCCGGUUGAUGGUGUAAUAUUGGUGAUAAUUGUUUAUCUCGUGUGUGUUAGUGUGUGAUUUGCUUAUCUCUUAGUGAUAGUAAUGGUUCACUUGUACUGUGCCGACUGUCGUUUCGUGAAACUAUUGGAUAUCCCAUUGUAGUGAGAAGAUGGACCGAGGAUGAGCUGCAUCCCCUGUGUGGCGGAAGGAGAAGGAGCCAGCAUACCUCUAGAGGAUUUUGACCGGUGGACAGACAGUCUCUACCAUGUCUUGGAGAGUCGUGAUGCACGAAGAUAUUUUCGAGAGUUCCUCUCGUCUCGAGGGCUGGAAGAGUCAGAAGGAACUUUGGAAUUCUGGGAACGCUGUGAGGUACUCAGCAGAUCACAGCAGCAUCAUAAACACAACCCUCACGCUGGCCACAACAGAUCAGCUCAUAUCAGCAACAUGCGUUUCCUGAAGGACGCUCGUGACCUGGUGGCCUUCGCAGAGGAUAAAGUAAAUCUGGACCUGGCAGCACUGAGGGCGAUGUUCGAGGCGGUGGAGAGUGGGAAGGAGGACAAGAUAAAAGCUGUGGUCCGAGAGGGGAUGCAGAGUGCUGCAGAGUUGUUGCAGGAUGACUACCAACUGUUCAGAAAACAUUUGCUGAAGCAACGCGGAUUGGUUGGUGGUGAGAAUUGUAAAUAGCAAUACCCCAGUAGAAGUGAUUCUGGGAAAAAAUAUACCAGUGGGAUCAUUUGGUGAUUUUGAAAGAAAAGAAGUAUUGUGAUGUAUUUGAUAUGGGAAAUAUCCCAAAGCAAAUACUUUUGUUAUUUGAGAUUCGCAUAGAAAUAGGUAAUGUUUUAUCUAUCCAACUAGCCAUUUAAAAUUAAAUUUUAAAUUAUGGUUAUUUAGUAAAUUACUCCACUUAGAGGUUUUAAUUUUUAAGAUGUAAAAUGAAUUUCUCUUUGAUACAAACAGGAUAAAAUAAAUAAAGAAUUUAAUACAAUUCUUUUUUAGUUUUACGAAUUGUUUACUAAAAAACAUUCCUUUUUACAUAUUUUUAUUUAAUAACAAUAAUUAAAUUGUUUUGUGUUUACUGUUACUAUUAUUACUAAUUUGUUAAUAGUUAUUUUGUAAUAAAAGUUGUUAUUUGAUAGUUUUGUAAUACAACUACAUAAAAAAGUAAGGCACACAAAAUUGAAUGGUUGAUUAAUUUUCAUACCCGAGGAUCAAAAUAAUAUUUUCUUACAGUAAUUGAUGACUAAAACCAAACGUGUUCAACCUUCAUCACUGUUUACUUUAUUAUAGUUUAUCUAUUUAAAUUCUGUAGAAAUAUUAGUAAAACAUUUUACGAAUGGAAGCUUUUUUCUUAGCUUUAUGUUCAUCAAUAACAUGUAGAUGUUCAUCAAUAACGGUCAAGUUAGUAUUAUUUUUGUAGUUUAAUAUAUUGGCUAAUUUAAGGUUCCUAAUUAAUCAUCUGCCUUGGUUGUGAAGCCACAAAAACAUCACUUGUUUACAGUUCCUGUAUAGUGUAGACUGUCUGUCCAUUGUACACAAUUCCCUCACCAAUAUACCUCAAAUAUUGACCAAAGUCAUGUACAAGAUGGUAAAAGAUGAGCCCUUUAAGAAACAAAAAGUAGGGAAAAUUCCCUUAAAAUAUAAAAUACAUUAUAAAUGGCUAAAAAUAUUUUCUGAGUUACAUUUAAAAACAUCAACAAUCUCUUAAAAUUAGCGGAACAAAUUGUUUUAUCAUCUUGUAUAAUAAAUAAACAAUAUUAUAUAAAUGUACAAUAAAGUAAGUAUGCCUAAUUUAAAAUAGGCUAUAUCAGUAAAUACUGUUUUACUGUUCUUCACAUUAUGAAUUUUUAUACAUUAUAUAUACUGUUCUGUAUUGCAAUUAAAGAGCUAAAAUCAAACCUAGGAGCUAUUUGACAGAAAAGUAAAAAAAUGAAAUUCAUAUUUUAAUACCGGUUAUGUUUUAACAGACCUGAUGAAUGAAGUAGCCUAAUCCGAGUUAAAUAUUUUUAUAAACUCAUCCACGUUCUUAAACAUCAGUUUUAUUGACAGCAAUAAAAUCUGUUAAAUUUUAUAUAUGCAUUAAUGGCUUUAUCCUCAUAAUGUUUCCCACCUUUCUGUAUGAAAAAAUAGGAAUUAACAAAUUAUGCAUUAGAUUUUUAUUAAUUUCUGGACUUGUUUUUCCCCCCUUAAUAUAAUGUAGAAGCAUUAUUUUUAUAAUGAGAACUGCUUAAUAUGUUUUGUUUUAUUGUUUUGUGGGAAAGUACUAUAUAAUGUUAGUACUUAAUGUUUGAAUAUUUAUUUCAGAGCAAUAUGUUAUUAAAUUUUGUUUUGAUACUUUGA